AUGGAUGUAGGACGUGUUCUCGGCUCCACUGGCAAACAGUUGCUCGACAGGAUACAAACUACGGCCAUAUCUUUAGGAAUGGCUGCAGUUCCUGUCAGCCUUCUUAGGAGCCUUGUCUUCUCGAUUCUUUCUAAUGUCAAAACCGGGGUCUUGGACAUUCAUUCGCAUGAUGGGCAGGAAUGGAGAUUUGGGUCUGGCAACGGAGGACCAAACGGGAUGAUACACCUCCAUAGCGACGCCUUUUGGUUUCGAGUGUUUGUAUCAGCGGACCUUGGCUUUGCCGAUUCCUACAUGUUAGGAGAGUUCACAACGCCAAAUUUGAUGGGACUGAUAAAGCUGUUCAUCGUGAACGAACAGCACUUGUCCAAUCUGAGCACCACACCAUAUCGAUUCGUAUCCACUGUCUCGGAUAUGUUAUUCUCCACCGUCGACACCGGCACCCUUAAAAGAGCCAGUCUCAACAUGGUCGCAGCAUACGACCUGUCUAAUGAGAUGUUCGAAGCAUUCCUGUCGCCUGACAUGAGCUAUUCCUGUCCCAUCUGGCUCCCCAAGUCUCACCCCGAGUACAGCAGCGACACUUUAGAGGCCGCACAGAUGCGCAAGCUCGACACACUAUUUGCCAAUGUGCACGCGCAACCGACCGACCACAUCCUAGAGAUCGGCACCGGGUGGGGAAGCUUGGCAAUCCGGGCGGCGACGACGAUCGGCUGUCGAGUGACGACCUGCACGCUGUCUGAAAUGCAGUACAAGCGGGCGAGGAAGCGCGUUGAGGCUCUCGGGCUUCAAGAUAAGGUUACUGUCUUGCUGUCCGACUAUCGGCUCCUCCCGACCCCGGAGACUCCAUAUGAUAAGAUUAUUGCGGUGGAGAUGAUGGAAGCAAUGGGAGAUUAUGAGCUGGAGACGUUCUGGGAGACGGUAGAUAGGUUCUUGAAGCCAGAAGGAGGGAUCUGCUCGGUUCAGGCGAGUAUUAUGCCCGAAUCGAGAUAUAAGAACAUGUUCCCAAAAGGCGAGGGGUUCAUCCGCCGUUACAUAUUCCCCGGCGGCCACUGCCCCAGCGUCACGCGAUUACUCGAAGCGGUGCAAAAGUCCAACGCCCGACUGGAUCUGGACUCCAUCCAACAGUACGGCGCCCACUAUGUCCGAUGUCUGAAUGAGUGGAGUAGAAAAUUCCAGGAUAAUUUCCAGAGCAUCAUUGCCCCGCUCAUGCGGGAGAAAUACCACUUGUCGGAAAGAGAUGUGGAGGUGUUCUAUAGAAAAUACAUUUAUUACUUUGCAUAUGCGGCGGCUGCAUUCGACACAAAGAUCCUGCACCUCGCGCAGAUCACUUUCAGCCGGUCUGGAAGCCUGGCGCUGCUCGAGGAUGUAUAG